AUGCAACGAAAAAUGAUAGUGGCUCUUAUCACUUUUCUAGUUACUGUAUUCGGUACUGUAUCCAAUGCUCUUGUUUUCAUUGCUGCUCGUAGAAUGAAUUCGAUGAACAGUUCAUUUGGAAUUAUAACCAAAAACCAAGCGAUUUGUAACUUCUUGAUUGCUACGAAUCUGUUGGUUUAUUACUCCCAUUUCAUUGGAAUGUUUGCAAUGACUGUAUACGAAAUCUCAAAUCUCUCUCAUUUUCUGAUAGCAGUGAAUCGAUUCUGUGCAGUGUUUCUUCCUUAUUAUUACGAAAAAUUAUUUACUGUGUUUAGUACAAAAAUAUUGAGAAACGUUAUUUGGGUGGCAUCUGCUAUUUGGUGUAUGGUUUUAUAUGAAUUGGUCGGAUGUAAAUUCUCCUACGAUGUUGCGUCUUGGUCCCUUGCAUUUCUGGCAACUGAUAUGUGUACACAACUGACUUGGUAUUCUGAUUUCACUUUCAAUACAUCAUUUGUAGUUCUGACUCUUAUUACCAACUUGCUGACUGCUUUCAAAGCUGGAAGAAAUAGCAGAAUUUUGAUGAAUGCAGCAGGAAUCAAGAUGUCAAAACGACAGAAACAACGGGAACUGAAUUUUGUAAAGCAGUCAUUCCUCCAAGGAUUGAGUGUCUUCAGUGGACAAGUCACUUAUUAUCUAAUUGCUCCUUUACUGUCGAAUCCAGUUCUAAUUUUUAUUAUUGGGUCAUUGUGGGCAUUCAUGCAUUCUAUCGAAGGAGGUAUUAUUUUAGCAUCCAAUCAAGAAAUGAGAUCAGUUUUCAUCAUUGAAUUCAACAACUGUUUUCAUUUCGAGCGUAUCAUUGGGUUAAACAAUUUGUUUCAAUGA